AUGCAAAUACGUUCCACUGCAAGAAAAUGCGCAUUGAGUACAAUAGAAAUCCAAAAAUCUGAUUUUAUGAGUUGGGCAAUUAUGGGUGAUUGGGAUAAUCCUUAUAAGACUCUUGCUGAAGCUGAAUUAGAGUAUCAGAAUGAUCAUAAAAGUCGAUCGGUUUAUGUGAAAUUUCCUCUGGCGGUUGCAAUUAAUUCACAAACCGAAUACUCGAUAGUUAGUCCUAUCUUUGAUUCGGAAUUUUCACAUUAUAAAGAUUAUUAUAUUGUAGCAAAUAAAAGGAUAGAUGCAUUGCAAAAGAUCAUUGGAUCAGAAUUGAGCAUUAAAGCUACUUUUGAGGAUUAUGAAAUAUGUAAAAAAUUAAAUAUUUCAACAUUUUGUCCCGUUGAUGACAUUGGAAGAUUUACCGCAGAAGUUGGUAAUCCUUCUUUUGAAGGAAAAGAUGUACUGAAAGAAGGAACUGAUGUUAUAAUUAAUUAUUUAAAAGAAAGCAAGUUGUUAGUGAAAGAACAUGAAAUUGUUCAUAAGUAUCCUUAUGAUUGGAGAACCAAAAAGCCUAUAAUUUUGAGAGCUACUCCACAAUGGUUCAUUAAUGUUGAAGCAUUCAAGCAAAAAGCCUUUUCAUCACUUGCAGAUAUCAGGAUCUUACCAGACAAUGAGUCUUCUAUAGUUCAUAUUAUUGAGAUUGUGAAACAGUUUGGAUCUGAUGCAUGGUGGGAGAUUGAUGAAAAAGAGUUAGUAGCACCAGAGUAUAGGGACAAUGGUGUAAAAUAUCGACGAGGCAUGGAUACUAUGGAUGUAUGGUUUGAUAGUGGUGUAUCAUGGAGUUAUAUAUCAGAAAAAUUCAAAAGGCAG